UGCUCUCUUGGCAAGCGGCCGUGUGAGUCAGCACCCGGACUCAGCUGCAAGAACCCCGUUAGAUUUUAUGCGCGGCAUCGGAUUUCCAGAACCUGAAAACUUAUAAGAAAACUUCACGGUUUGUCAUUCAUUCUCUUUCGUGUUUUAUUUCCCUUGUACAAAGUCGGUGUAAUUAUUUGUAUUUUUCGCUCACAAUUAGCUCUCCAUACUGAGAGCAUCACAUUUUUUUUGGAUUCUGCCCAGUGACUGUUUAGACAAUGAAGUGUGUUGCUGCUCUAAGCUUUUGGAGAGGCAUUGCUGUGGCUUUGGCCGUGGCGAUGUUUUCUCUUAGCAGUGCCUCCGAAUAUGAGUACCUGAGCUGGAAGUCGGACGUGUUCAACAGCGGGCGCAUCUACGACAAGCCGCCCCAAUGCGUGGACAUCCCUGACGACCUGAAACUCUGUCACAACGUGGGCUACUACCAGAUGCUGCUGCCCAACUUGCUGGAGCACGAGACCAUGGCCGAGGUGAAACAGCAGGCUGGGAGCUGGGUGCCGUUGGUGCACAAAAACUGCCACCCGAGCACGCAGGUCUUCCUCUGCUCCCUCUUCGCCCCGGUGUGCAUGGAGAGGCCCAUCUACCCCUGUCGCUAUCUGUGCGAGAGCGUGAGAGACGCCUGCACGCCGAUCAUGGAGGCGUUCGGAUUCCCCUGGCCUGAGAUGCUCACCUGUGACAAAUUCCCCGUUGGGGACGUGUGUAUCAGCACUCCUAAUGCCACAGAGGCAACCAGCCCUGCAGGUUUCUCUCCCGUCUGUCCCCCAUGUGACAAUGAGAUGAAGGCAGAAACCAUCUUGGACCACAUGUGCGCAAGUGAAUUUGCCAUCAAGGCCAAGGUGAAGGAGGUGAAGAGGGAACAGAGCGACCGCAAGGUGGUCCUGCAGAAGAGGAAGAAGAUCCUGAAGCAAAGCCAGAGCAGCUUCAAGAAGAAGGACCUGAAGAAGCUGGUGCUGUACCUGAAAAACGGCGCCGACUGCCCCUGCCAGCAGCUGGACAACCUGGGCCCCACGUACCUCAUCAUGGGACGCAAGGUGGACAAGCAGUACCUGCUGACGGGCAUCCACAAAUGGGACAAGUCCAGCAAGGAGUUCAAGAAGACCAUGAAGAAGCUCAAGACCCAUAAAUGUCCCGCCUUUGAGAAUGUUUUCAAAUAAUCUUUUUCUCUUCUCUUUCUUUCUGUCUUUCUUUCUUUCUUUCUUUCUUUCUUUCUUUCUUUCUUUCUUUCUUUCUUUCUUUCUUUCUUUUCUUUCUCUCUUUCUUUCUUUUCUUCUCCCACCUCUUUCCUUUUUUUUCUUUUGUUGUGUUUGUUUGAUUUUAAUUGUUUUUUUUUCUUUUUGCAUCUCAUUAUACACAUGGACUUGCACAACCAAGCAACCCAGAAUAUUGCCUAUAUUUUCAUUGUUUAUAUAAAUAUAUUAUAUGUCUAUGUGUA